AUCGUUAUUUUCACAAUUUUAAUGUUAGAUACUGUAACAACACAUUUAUUUUCGAAUAAAUUCUCAAAUAGUAAUCUAAAUACAGAAUACAAUGCAGAUUACAUUCAAAAUAUUGAACCGGAAAAUUAUAUAAGAGAGAGGGCGGUACAACAUCGUGCUUAUACUUCGUUUUGGAAUUUUGUAAUUGUGGUAUCAGUUGUUGUAAUAUCGAUGAUUCUAUUCUUCAUAAUAUGUUUUCCUAUUUUUAUUAGAUUGUACAAAAGAUGUCGUACUACUUUGAGAAACUAUUUCUACCCUACUUCUGAAAUUGAACUACCUUUUACGAUUAGAACCCAUAUCGCAUCUAUUCCAUGUCGACAAAAUAAUUCUAAUUUUCUGGAAGUAUAUAGAAUGCAUAAUGUGCGAACAAGGGAGAUGAUUUAGUAGACGAACCUUGUAUUAAUGAUAUUGCAAAUUGAUGCAACACUUUUCUAAUGUAAGAUUUCACUUAUUUGUGAAAUUACUUGUAAGAGCAUAGUUAUUAUAUAUAAGAUUGACUUUCAACUUUAAAUUGUCUAGACAUUGCAUUUUUUUGUUAUGCACAACAUGUUUAUAGAUAAAGUAAUUUUCAAACAAAUAUAUAGUAUAAUGACGAUAAGAAAAGACAUUAUUAUAAAUUUA